AUGAAAGAUCAGUACCAAGUCGUCAUGAAGGGAACAAAAUCUGUUUUAGAGGCUUCAAAAUGGGUAGCUGGCCAUCUGUCUUCUCAUCCUGAUAAGCAUUUGUCAGCAAGAAUACUAAUUGCGGGGUGGGAUGAUGAAAGCAAGCGUCCUGCCUUGUAUUCCGUGAAUUCUGAGGGGGAAGUGUUUAAAAAACGAAGGGAUGUCACUGGAGCUGGUACAGGACUUGCUUCUGAUCUUUUUGGAUGCAGUUUUGACAAGAAGUGGUAUGGUUCAGCUGUGGUGCAUGCUGAAUGGAUGGUUCGCUCUACUGCAGGCGCACUUGAACACUUCAGGAGUCUAGGUCAGGUUAAUGCUGAGUAUAGUGGUUACGUUAGUGGAUAUCAGGUCUCAGCUGCUGGGUGGAAGAGGAGCUUUUACAAUUUACAUGUUCCUCCUGGAUUUUUCUACGAAAGCAUUGGAUGGCCUAUCGCUUAA